AGCUCCUCCCACUGCAGUUCAUCAAUAAAUGCUGGAAUAUUCCCAUCAGUCUACAAGUGAAGACGAGCAUCAAAGCAUCAGGAAGAAGUGAAAUCUGCAGAGACAGAGUUUAUUGAAGGACAGAGAGAACAUGAGAGAUCCAGAACCCUGCAGAAUGAAACACACUGAAGAACAAACAGAGUUGACUGAAGAAAAUGAGGAGGAUGAAGAACUGUGUGAAGAGGAGGAGAAACAUCAUGUCAAAACUGGAGAACAACAUUUGAGUCGCUCUCAAACCAAACAGAAAGAUUUAAAGAAAAUAAGAGACGAGAAAUCUUUCACCUGCACUCAGUGUGGAAAGAGUUUGACAAACAAACAGAGUCUCGAGAUUCACAUGAGAGUUCAUGCGGGAGAGAAAUUGUUCACAUGUGAUCAGUGUGGAAAAACAUUUUUGUGGGCUUCAACCCUGAAGAGUCACCUGAUAGUUCAUUCAAAGGAGAAACCACAUUCAUGUUCUUUGUGUGGAAAGAGUUUUUCACUACUGCAUAAUUUAAAAGCUCAUCAGAAAAUACACACUGGUGUGAGAGAUUAUAUGUGCUUUGAGUGUGAGAAGACUUUUAUUACAGCUACACAUUUGAAACGGCACCAGAGGAUCCACACUGGAGAGAAACCUUACAAGUGUUCACACUGCGACAAGAGAUUCAUUCAUUCAGAAUCCCUGAAAACACAUGAGAGGAUUCACACUGGAGACAAACCUUACACGUGUAAUCAGUGUGGUAUGAGUUUCAGACAAAAAACUCAACUUAAGGUGCACAUGAGAGUUCACACAGGAGAGAAACCGUUCACAUGUGAUCAGUGCGGGAAGAGUUUUGCACAAUCAGCAAAGCUGAAGAGACACAUGAGGAUCCACACUGGAGAGAAACUGUAUGAAUGUGAUCAAUGCGGCAAAACAUUUUUGUGGGAUUCAGGCCUGAAGAGUCACCUGAAUGCUCAUCUAAAGGAGAAACCACAUUCAUGUUCGUUGUGUGGAAAGAGUUUUUCACAUCUGCAGAAUUUAAAACAACAUCAGAAGAGACACGCGGGUGUGAGAGAAUAUAUGUGCUUUGAGUGUGAGAAGACUUUUAUUACAUCUACAGAACUGAAACAGCAUGAGAGGAUCCACACUGGAGAGAAACCUUACAUGUGUUCACACUGUGACAAGAGAUGCAAUCAAUCAGAAUCCCUGAAAAGACAUGAGAAGAUCCACACUGGAGAGAAACCUUACAUGUGUUCACACUGUGACAAGAGAUUCAAUCAAUCAGAAACCCUGAAAAGACAUGAGAAGAUCCACACUGGAGAGAAACCUUACACGUGUGAUCAGUGUGGGAAGAGUUUCAGACAUAAAGAUCAACUUAAGGUUCACACGAGAGUUCAUACGGGAGAGAAACCAUAUCACUGCACUGCAUGUGGGAAGAGUUUCGCUCGAUCAAUUUCUUUACAAAAGCAUACAAAAAAGAUUCACAGUAAAUAGAUUCUCUUCAGAUCCAGCAUUGUCAGUUAAUGAAGUUCAUCUUCAAGAUCUUCAUCAGCUUCAUCUGAGAUUCUGAUCAACUCAAAAAUGAAGUUUCAUAUCCAAAGAACAAUAUCUAAUUGUUUUUUAUUUUUUAUAUCAUUUUAACUUCGUGAUAUGUAAAUAUAUUAUUGUGUGCUCUUAUGAGUUUUAUAUAAUGUGCCAUUUUCUAUACUGCAAAUGUAUCACUUCUAGUUUGUUUGCUCUUUUAUGAAGGAAAGUAGUUCUUUUUGUUUGUUUUUUUGGUACAAACUUUUGUUCAGGAAGCUGAAGAAGAGCCUGUAAUACUUUCAAGAGAAACUUAGAUUUAUUGACUGACUGGCAGGAUGCCACCAUUAAUAACCAGCUAGCAGAUUAAUGAAGUAUGUAGCCAAGUUACCAGAGAGUCACCGGAAAAAUAAUAUGAUUGUUAUAUUAAUAUAAUAUUGUAGAGACGACUGAAAAAAAUUAAAAGAAGGGAUUUAUGAAAGUAGUGUUCAUUAUUGGUUGUUAAUGUGGCCAGUGGUGUUCAGUUUUGAUCCUGAGAUGGGCCAAUGACCGCGCAGGAUGCAGUGCAGUGGGAAAAACUGAUUUCCAGAGUUCUGAGAUUUUCGGUUUCAGUGGGCACAGCAUACAUGAAUAUUCAUGCGUUUCCCGGACAUGCAUGUGGAACUGAGCAUUUUAGUUCACGCAGGUUAGUUUCAGCAGGUUUAACAGAAUAUUUCAAAAACAAAUAUUUUCAGAGUUCCGCAGACUUAUACCUAAACUUGUUCAUCAUUUCACAACAGUUUAAUGUCCUUUUGGGUAACACUUUACAAUACAGGUGCACAAAUAUGCAUUAAUUCAUUCCUUUUCAACAACAAAGCAACUCAUAAUUAUAACUUCAGAAGUAGGAUAUUUCUAAUCCAUCCAAUGACCCAGUAAGAAAAGUUUUUACACAAACAACUUGCAAGAAAAAUUAUGAAUUCUCUAAAAAAAAAAAAGUUUA